AGAGCACUAUCAAACGUGUCUGCUCAGGACAAUGAACGUCCUCAGCUAUGUUCUAGUUUAUCGUAAGUUUUUCCUGGUAGUUUUCACUCUGUUGGUUUUACUGCCAUUGCCAAUCAUCCUUCGCACCAAGGAAGCAGAAUGUGCCUACACACUCUUUGUCAUUGCCACAUUUUGGCUUACAGAAGCUUUGCCUCUGUCAGUAACAGCUUUGCUGCCUGGUUUAAUGUUUCCAUUGUUUGGGAUCAUGCCUUCUAAGAAGGUGGCAUCUGCUUAUUUCAAAGAUUUUCAUCUACUGCUAAUUGGAGUCAUCUGCUUAGCAACAUCAAUAGAAAAAUGGAAUUUGCACAAAAGGAUCGCUCUGAGAAUGGUGAUGACAGUGGGUGUGAACCCAGCAUGGCUGACAUUGGGGUUCAUGAGCAGUACCGCCUUUUUAUCUAUGUGGCUUAGCAACACCUCAACUGCUGCCAUGGUGAUGCCCAUCGUGGAGGCCGUGGCACAGCAAAUCAUCAGUGCUGAAGCAGAGGUCGAGGCCACUCAGAUGACUUAUUUCAGUGGAUCAACCAACCAUGGACUGGAAAUUGAUGAAAGUGUUAAUGAACACGAAACAAACGAGAGGAAAGAGAAGACAGUACCGGUUCCAGGAUACAGUAAUGAUGCAGGGAAAAAUUCAAGCAAUAUGGAGCUGGAAAAGAAUUCAGGCACAGGAGCCAAGUAUCGAACAAAGAAGGACCACAUGAUGUGUAAACUUAUGUGCUUGUGUGUUGCUUACUCUUCCACCAUCGGUGGACUGACAACGAUCACUGGUACUUCCACCAACUUGAUCUUCGCUGAGCAUUUCAAUAUGCGUUACCCUGAAUGUCGUUGCAUUAACUUUGGAUCCUGGUUUAUGCUUUCCUUCCCGGCAGCUAUUAUUAUUCUAUUCUUGUCCUGGAUCUGGCUUCAGUGGCUUUUCCUAGGAUUCAAUUUUAAGGAGAUGUUCAAAUGUGGCAAGACCAAAACAGUCAAGCAAAAAGCCUGUGCUGAGGUGAUUAAACAAGAAUACCAAAAACUUGGGCCAAUAAGGUAUCAGGAAAUUGUGACCUUGGUCCUCUUCAUUGUGAUGGCUCUGCUAUGGUUUAGCCGAGAUCCUGGGUUUGUUCCCGGUUGGUCUGCACUUUUUUCCAAGUAUCCUGGUUUUGCUACAGAUUCAACUGUUGCCUUACUUAUAGGACUUCUAUUCUUUCUUAUCCCAGCUAAGAAAUUGACUAAAACUACACCUACAGGAGAAAUUGUUGCUUUUGAUUAUUCUCCGCUGAUUACUUGGAAAGAAUUCCAGUCAUUCAUGCCCUGGGAUAUAGCCAUCCUUGUUGGUGGAGGGUUUGCCUUGGCAGAUGGCUGUGAGGAAUCAGGACUAUCUAAGUGGAUAGGAAAUAAAUUAUCUCCUCUAGGUUCAUUACCAGUAUGGCUAAUAAUUCUGAUAUCUUCUUUGCUUGUCACAUCUUUAACAGAGGUAGCCAGCAAUCCAGCUACCAUUACCCUUCUUCUCCCGAUAUUAUCUUCAUUGGCUGACGCCAUUCAAGUGAACCCUCUUUAUAUUUUGAUACCUUCUACUCUGUGUACUUCAUUUGCAUUCCUCCUACCAGUAGCAAAUCCACCCAAUGCUAUUGUUUUUUCAUACGGCCAUCUAAAAGUAAUUGACAUGGUUAAAGCUGGACUUGGUGUUAAUAUCGUGGGUGUCGCUGUGGUGAUGCUUGGCAUGUCCACCUGGAUUGUGACUCUGUUUGACCUCUCUACUUACCCUUCUUGGGCUCCUCCAAUUAGUAAUGCGACCAUGCCAUGACAAGCAUGAACAUUAUAACUAUCCUGUGGUACCCAGAAGCUAGAAGGCAUCAUAUAAAUAAAAUUAACUUCAUUUUGAACCAGGCUCUAAACUGGUUAAUGGAAACCAAGAUGAAUUGCUUCUGAAUGGAAAUCAACACUCAUCCCUACAAUUGGAGCACCUAUCCCAACAAACAAAAGAACUGUUACGUAAAGAAUAAUUUUCUGUUUAUAAAUCUCUGUGUAUUUCUAAUCAUCUUAUUGUCAUAUGAACAAAGUGUAAGUUAGAAAGAAGCUCACUCCCCAAUAGUUGGAUCUUCACUUAAUAUUCAUCCACAGUCGCUGCUGGAAUUAAUUACUCACACCUGCGCACGUUGUUCCCCUCAUGCUUUUGCUUCUACCAGCAGCCAUCAGAAAUUACCCAGCCUCUGGGCUACUUCUCUAAGUCGCUUAGAGCCACCCACUCACAGAUUGUUUUUUUUCUAAGGAUGUGGCUUCUUAGUAUUCCUCUGGGUUUUCUUUGUUUGUUUUCCUAGCUUUGUUGAGAUAGAGUUGACGUAUGGUAUAAAAGGUGUACAACGUGAUGAUUUGAUAUAUGUAUAUAUUGUGAAAUGAUUACCACAAUAAGAUUAGUUAACACCUCCAUCCCCUUACAUGGUUACGCGCGUGCACGUGUGUGUGUGUGUGUGAGAGAGAGAGAGAGAGAGAGAGAGAGAACAUUUAAGAUCUCCUCUCUUAGCAACUUUCAAGUAUAAAAUACAGUAUAGUUAACUAUAGUCAUCAUGCUGCGCCUUGGGUCACCAGAACUUAUUUAUUUUAUAAGUGAAAGUUUGUUCCCUUUGACCAACAUCUUCCCAUUUCCCCCCACACCCCAAGUAUUUUCUUACAAGGAAAUUCUAUUUAUUUAGUGCAUGUUGGGCUAUUCAGUUGAGUUAAAUGGACACAGAUCACAACUUGUUUAAAAUUCUGAUUGGCUAUGUUCACCCUUAAGUCUUAACAUUUCUAUAAUAAUUAGGCUAAUGACCAUCUAAUCAGAAGAAAAUACUUCAGUGUCACCACUGCAGGGCAUAUGUUUGGGGCUGCUUUGAUUAGCAUCAAAUCAUUUGCAGUCUUAAGGGAUCAAAAACUUAAAUGAGCGAGACCAGUGAAGGUUUUAGAUACAGUGCAAAGUCAUGAAAUGGAGUCACUUUAACAGGAUUAGAUACUGUUAUCAAGUCCUUGAAAUAACAUGAUACAUACUUCAUGGGAAAAAAUGGCUUAUUCAACGUUAAUAACAAAGUUAAUAGGAAGGAAGGAUGGAUGGACGGAUGGAUGAAAAGAAAUAUAUAUUGGUUAUAGAUUCUGUAAAAUACAGUUUUUUUUUCUCAGAACAACAUGAUUCUUCCUCAUUAUGUCAUGUUUACAUAUAUAAGUUAUUUAAUCAAUAUUCAAUUGUUAGACAUUUAUAAUAUGUAUAAUUCUUCCUUAUUAUAAACCCAUCUGCCAAAAAAAAUUAUAAAUACACCUUAACAUGCAUCUAAACAGCAAACACGUAUUAUGACCUGUUGGUACACAUACGUGACCCAGCACAGCAUUUAUUGGAGAAAACUGGCCAGGACAAGAGCAAUCAGGAGCAGGUACAGAGGCUGCUUCUGCUCAUCACAUCUAGACUCAGUGUGAAAGGAUAAAGCAGGGCCAGAGAGAAGCCCUGGGGGGUUUAAAGGACCCCAAGGCUUUCCCUUCCCUUAGUCUAAGCUCUGUGGUUCCAGCAUAUGGCAAAACUCUGGCCUCCUGUCUUAGUCUACCCUCUUUGCAUUCCUGGUUGAUGGAACAUAAAGGGAAGAACCCAAAUAGAGGACAGAAUUUGGAAAAAAUGAUGGAAGGGUGAAAUUUUUAAAUCUUUAGCCAAGGUCAUGCCUAACCUGACCAACUCACUUCAGGCAUUUUCAAUUAUAGUUCUCUGUUUUAAUUUCUUCAUAGCAAUUAUUAUUGCCUUGAAUUAUUUUACUUUAUUACUUCCUGAUUUUGUGUCUCCCCAAACUUGAAGAUGAAUUCCAUGAAAGGAGAAAUCCUGCCUGACUUACAUUCCUGGCACUCAAAAUAGUAUCUGCAUCAUUGUGAAAACUGACUAUUUGUUGAAAUAAAAAGGGGAAUGAAUAAAU